AUGUCGCCGCCCGUGCCCUACCCUCCUGCCGGCUUCGUCCAGCGGCGGCGGGAGGAGGAGGCACUGCGCCCGCAAUUACCGCCGCAGAGCGUCUCGCCGUCGACGAACGCCAAAGCCAGCCUCAACGAGCCGCCCUCGACGAACGCCAAAGCCAUUGUCGUGCCAGACGCGACGUACGUCCAAGCACGUUCCGCGUGCCUCGUGGCCGCGCUCUUUGCGCUCUGCGACCGCGCCAGCACUCUGGCUGCGCCGGUUCUUCGCUUUCUGGUGCAGAUUCUGCUGCUGCGCCUUUUUCUGCUGUUGCCAGACUGCUGGCGGGCAGCAGCGCACGAUGGACAGUGGCUGCAUCCGUUACGCCUGCAGCAGCCGUGA